CACAGUGCACAGCAGACGCAGCUCCACAAAACUCGUGUGUAGACAGAAGUACAAAGACGAAAAAUGUUUUUAGUCUUUGAGAUCACUUCCAUGUGUAUUUUGCAUUUAUUAUACUUAAGAUUAGCAAUUUAAUUAAAACUGGCAAAUAUUAUUUUGCACUGGUUUUUCUUGGGAAAAAGAAUACAAAAUUGCCCAUUUAUUAAUUCUAUGAUUAUUUCACUUUAUGUACAGGUACCCUUCUAGACAGUUGUACCGCGUAGCUGCCGAGAGGCUUGUCAGUGCAUACCCACACCUUGCUGACAGAGUUGGCAGCGGAAAUGGCCUGGACUCGUGGGUCAUGGCAUUGAGAAACAAAUUCAAGAACAUGCGUAAGAAGGCGGAGAAUUGCUCUGAAGAAAUGUUGGCAAAAAAAAGGCACUUCCUGGUCAAGCGGAAACAACAGAUGGCUUCUGGUGAAGCUACAAACAAGAAGUUAUGCCGCCUUUUUGAUUGCAGUCAUCUUGUAGCAUAUGGAGAAACUGCCGAGUCAUUGAGGCUGCACAACGAAUGGCUUCAAGACAAUGCUGGCUGCCAAGAUGAAGAGGCAGUAAGGCCGAGGCUGCUUGCAACAGCAAAAGACAGGCAUGAACAACUUCGCAGCCUUACGCUGUCAGAUGCUCUGUUGCUGUUCCCCUUUCUGGCAACUGAGGCAUCGCUUCUCGUGGAGUUUGACCUACUUUUCCAAAGAAACGUGAUGGAGGCAAUGGAGAAUGGCUGCAAGCAGCUUGGUUACACUAUUCUGAGCUUUGGAGAAGCAGAAGAGGUUGUGGCAUUUUCCGAAGUGGGAUCCGUCUAUCAAGAUGUGCCUCGGCUGACCAUUUUGCCAUGUUUCUGCAUCCUCUGUGUUGCCAACGGCAUCUUCUCCUGA